AUGUUUAUAUUAUCAGAGAUAUCCGAUUUAAUCCGUAUACCACCUAGUUCAUUUAAUACUGAUAUACGAGUUUCAUUAAGUGAUGAGCUUCAUAAAAAAUAUUCCAAUAAAAUAAUUGCCAAUCUAGGUCUUGCCAUAUCAGUUUGGGAUCUACUUGAUAUUAAAGAUGGUUUAUUAAAACCAGGUGAUGGUGGAUCAUAUGUUGAAGUUAAAUUUAGAGCAUUGGUUUGGAAACCUUUCAGAGGAGAAAUAUUAACUGGUUGGGUAACUGAAUGUACAGCUAAAGGAAUUAAAGUAAGAUUAGAAUUUUUUGAUGAGAUUUGGAUUCCUAAAGAAUUUUUAUUUGAAAAUUGUAGAUUUUCUGAACUGGAACAAGCUUGGAUAUAUUCUUUGGAUGAAAAUGAAUUAUUUAUUGAUAUAAAUGAAAAGAUUAGAUUUAGAGUCGAAGAAGAAAUUUUUUAUAAUGUUAAACCAAAGACAAAUAGUGAUAUUGAGGAAGAUGAAGAAGAGAAAGCAAAAAAUACAUUACCUCCAUACUCCAUAACAGCAUCCUGUCAAGAUUAUGGUAUGGGAUGUGUUUCCUGGUGGGAUUGA